AUGUCCCGCCUUCUUUUCUGGGCCUUGCUGGCGCCCACCAUCGCCAUUGCAGAGGACUCGAUGUCGUACAUCUUCUACGACAACCAAGAGUUCCUAGUUAACAACUCCAACCUCGCCAGGAUCUCUUGGACGGAGGUCGAGGCAGCUUUCAAUCACCCGGCCCAUGUCGACGUGGCGAGCUAUGGAGGCUUGGACUGGACGAAGCCGUAUCCUGGAUCUCCCGUGGACGGCUUCCAGGCGCACCUCCGCAUUGCCAACGAUGUCCCGUGGCCGGCAAGUUUCGCGUCGAACGAGACGACCGAGGUCACGGCUUUGACGUUCAGCAUCCCCGACUCCUUGAUGGACCAUUCCAAAGGUCUGCCCAAGCCCAUGGACCCAUCGUGGUUCAUUUGCCAGCAUUACUUCGUCAGCGCACUGCCGGAUCCCACAGAGCCCGUGGACCACAGCUGCGGCUUCUUAUCUGCGGAGUGUCGCGCCGACAUGGAGACAAGUCUCACGGGAGGCUGGACCAAGGAAGACCCAGACGUCCCUUGCUCAGCCUUGAUCCUCGAUCCGAUUCCCGUCAGCUGCCAGGACACAUUGGGACUGGUCCGCGGGGAUGUCAUUGCGUGGAAUUCGGACACGUUCACAGACCAGGCUGCUGCCAAGCUUGUGGCAAUGGAUGAGCUCAACCCUUGGUCUUGGUUCAUUGGCACCGGCGGGGUUGAGGAAGGCAACUCGACGGCCUACUACGAAGCAUCGAACCGCACAUAUGUUAUCGGUACCGUCUUCGGCUACAGUACCAGUGUCACAGACAGCAACAAGCAGACACCCAAGCUGUCCCUCGCUUGUCUUCGACCCGAGUGGGUUCCUCCCACCACACCCAACACCCCGACUUCGACUGUAACCCCUUACGUUUACCCAACACAAGUCCCCUCUGGCGCUACUACCGUCAAGUCCUCUGCCACGUCUUCGAUCCCGCCAUCCGCUACCAGCUCGGACUCUGUAUGUGCUUCGGGUGUCGCAUCACCAAACAGCUCGAGCGGGAGUUCCAGCAGUUGUGCAGCUUCAGCUGUGAGUAUGGGUACGGCCCGCCCACGGCCUGCCAGUGCUUGGAGUAUUCUGGUACGCCUAAGACUACUCCUGAUGCCAACUGGGUGGAUGAAGGUCCCCUUGAAGGCGUUGCGGGUGAUGACUUUGUAA